AUGGACGAACCUGAUCAUAAGUCAGAUCGAAAAAAGAAGGCCUGCUUCCUGGAGACGGACUCCCCUACAAACGAAAAUCAAAAGAAAAAUGAUUAUAAGAAAUACGACGAAUUUGUGAGUUUCUGCGAGGAGAGUUUUUCCUACAUCGACAUGGAAGACGUGAAUAAACAAAUCGGUGUUCUCAGAUCGAGGGGUGGCCAAGCGGAGAUGUACUUAUCCAAUGUGGUGAGCAGUUCGGGUGACGAAGGGGGAGAGGAUGGAUGUCACUUGGAGCCACAGGAGAGGCAGGGUGCUACCCCCAGGAAAGAACAAAAGUACACGAAAAAUUUGAAGCUAAUAAACAUAAAGAAGCACAGGAGAGCCAGGAUCAACUUAAUACUCAUUAGGAAGAAGUACACAGGGGGGAAGCAGACGGAGGGGGGGCAAACAACAGCUCACCAUAGCGCAGCUCACCAUACCGCGGUUCACCAAACGGAAUCUCACCAUAGCGCACCACACCAAACGGAGGGCCGCCCACCCGCCAAGAAAAACACCGUGGUGGUGUCCCCCAUUUUCAUGCCUGUCGGCACGAAGAGCUGCAUCAAGGGGCUGGUGCAGGAAGAAGUACAGCUCCUGUGCAACGAUAUAAUUCUCAGCAACACGUACCACUUAGCCAACAUAUAUGACAUGGGAACCUUUGAGGAUAACAAGGGCAUUGGGAACUUCAUCCGUUUUCCCAAUGCCAUGCUGACCGACUCGGGGGGGUUCCAAAUGGUGUCCCUGAGCAAACGAAUAACGAUACUGGAGGAGGGCAUCCUCUUCGACAAUAUAUACGACGCCGCGGUUAUGCGCAGGAACGUGCGUGCGGUGGGGGGGGGCGCCGAAGGGAAGGUGAAGGAGGAGAAGGAAGUGAAGGAGGAGAAGGAAGUGAGGGAGGAGAAGGAAGUGAGGGAGGAGAAGGAAGUGAGGGAGGAGAAGGAAGUGAAGAAGGAGAAGGAAGUGAAGGAGGAGAAGGAAGUGAAGGAGGAGAAGGAAGUGAAGGAGGAGAAGGAAGUGAGAGAGGCGACGGAAGUGAGGGAAGCGGUUUCCUCCAUCCCAACCGACGCCGCUAACCAAAUGGGUGCCGCGAACCAAAUCCUGUUGACGCCGGAAACCUCCAUAAGGCUGCAGAACCAAAUCGGCAGCGACAUCAUCAUGGCCCUAGACGACGUGCGCCCCGCAACGGAAACAGACGUGGAGAAGAUAGAGGAGGCGACGCACAGGACCAACAGGUGGCUGCAGAGGUGCAUACAAGCUCACACCAGGGAAAGAGAGCAAACCCUAUUUGGAAUAAUCCAGGGGGGACUCCACAUCAGACUGAGAAACGAAUCGAUGGAGUUUAUUUUGAAACAGAAACUAAAUGGUUAUGCUGUGGGUGGACUGUGUGGUGGAGAAAGAAAAAGGGACUUCUUCAACGUAGUGCACCAUUGCUCAAAUGAGAAAAAUAAAAAAUGGAAUCAUUUGCCAGAAAAUAGAUGCAGGUACAUUAUGGGGAUAGGCUACCUCGUUGACAUUCUUUUUUGCUCUCUCCUGGGUUACGACAUGUACGACUGUGUGUAUGCAUCGAGGACGGCUAGGUUUAACACUGCCUUGAGUUAUGACGGAACGAUAAAAUUGAAGCAAGCCAAAUAUGCCUAUGAUUUCUCCCCACUUGUGAGCAACUGCCAUUGUUAUGUGUGUUAUAAUUUUUCCAAAUCGGCUCUGCAUCUACUUAUAUCGAAAAAGAACCCAAUUGUGAAUGUCCUGUUGACCAUCCAUAAUAUUUAUUUUACCUUGCACUUUUGUUAUCUCCUUCGAGUUGCAAUUUUUUUGGAGAAAACGGAUCUAUUCGUGACGACUUUUCUGUAUAACUACUUCGUCAUAGGGUGUAGGAAUGGCAACUAUAAGAUCCCCGAUAAUGACAAGGCGGUUCCGGUCGAUGCUGUCUAG